AUGCCAGUUAUCUAUGAGGACCACAGCGAGUCUGGGGGGGAGGUGGUGGUGAGGGUGGGGUGGGGCGGGGAGGUGGGGCCUGUGCUUCGACACUUGGGUUUGCCGAGAGGAAGCCCUGGACCAGCCGAGCCCUGUGCCUGCCAGGGUAAGCACGUCUGGCCAUUCAACAACAGAAGCACCUGUGAAAAUAGGACGACGGACCACGUAUCAGAGCAAAUAAACUCGCCUCGCUGUGGAGAGGGGCAGGCUCCGCUGACAGACCGGAGCAGGUCGGCCGCGCCCUCGGAGCCCUCAGAGCCCUCAGACACCUUCACAAUGGGCCGAGAAACUGAAAAAUUGAGAGAAUACGGAGCCAGUGACGGGAACGGAAACAUCCAGGAGUGUCCAUUCUGUUCUCUGUAA